UUGCUGGAACAGUUCUGGAGCUCCAAGUGAUCUAAAUCUCAUUCAAAUCCCAUUUGCGAAGCAUCAGAGCUCCUUCAGUACUGCCGAAGUAUUCAUCUUAUGGGCUCCCUGUGUUGAGACUGCAAUGAUCACUCAGCGGAAUUACUCAUUAGAGCAGGAACUCAAAAUGGCGGACGAUUCAAACAACAAGAAGAGAAAGUUUAAGAAGAACCGAUAUGCUGGUGCUAAUAAAAAGAAACGAGGUUUAGAGUCGCUUGCUGUAGGCAUGAAGGGUGUUCUUGUCACGUGUAAUGAAAGAGAGAAAAACUGUGUAAGAGAAGCUUAUAAUGUCCUAAACGAGUAUGCAGACAAGCUAUAUGGAAGUCAGUUUGAGAGCCAAGCUGAUAAAAGCGAUUCUAGUGAAGAGGAAGAUAUAGAACAGGCCAUUGCAAAGGAGAAGCAAGACAUGAAAAAAGACUUCAGGAGGUUUCAGUCAGUCAAAAGUGGAGCAAAGAAUGUGAUAUUUGUAAGGACUAUGCUUCCAGAAGAUGAAUAUCCUGAUCGUUUGGUACAUGGUAUUCUGACAGAUGUUCUGGAGAACGGGUACCAGAAGACAAGGCAUUGUUUGCGCUUUCUUCCCAUUGGUGUAUGCUGCUAUGCCAGGACAGAAGAGAUAGAGAAGGCUGCCGAAAAAUAUUUUGAUGAACAUUUCUUCAAUGACAGUGCCCAGCCAACCAAGUUUUGUGUGAUUUACAAAGCAAGGAAUAAUGAUACAGUUCAUCGUGAUGAUGUUGUUGGUAUCCUUGCACGCUUGGUGUUGGAUUCCGGGAAAGAUCAUAGUGUUGACCUCAAAUAUCCAGACCUGACUAUUUGUGUUGAAAUUAUCAGGAAUAUUUGCUGUCUCACUGUGGUAAAAGAUUUCCAUAAGCUGAAAAGAUAUAACAUACAAGAGGUCCAAAAUGUUGCCAACAAGAAUGAUCCUAUCAAAGAGUCACCAGUCAAAGAGAGUACGAACAAGAAUGACAAAACUAAUUGUCUGAACUCAUCUGAUAAUACUUGCAGUGAACAUAGAGAAGAUGACAAACAAAAUGUGCAGAAAGUGGAUACAACAGUUGAUGAGGAACAAGACACUAAAGAAGGCUUAGAAAUAGAAUCCAAAGAUGCCAAUGAAAAUGUAGAUAAUAAAGAUGACAAAGAAAACGUGGAUACGACAGCUGACGAGGGUCAAGACACUAAAGAAGGCUUAGAAAUAGAAUCCAAAGAUGCGAAUGAAAAUGUAGAGACUAAAAUAAAAGAUGAAAAAAAGAAAGAACAAGAAAAGAUGGGAGAAAAUGUGAAGAUAACAGAUGAGGUAGAAUCUGAAGAUGAGGAAAAAGAAUGAUUUAAAAGAGAAAACAAAGAUGUAGAGUUUACAGAUCAAAGCCUUCUGGACACAUUUCUGGGAUUAAGUUUUCAAGAGGUUCAGGAGUGUACUUGUGGAAUGACAGCCAUGGUAUUGAGACCCCUUGUGGCCAAUCUGCUUGAGGUGGUAAUCCUAUUACACUAGAGGGCAAAAGAAUGACUGCAUAAGUGGAUGGAUCAAAGACUCAUUUCUUCAGAGGUACUAUCAUCUUAGCAUAAACAUUUUCAUGAAUACCAACAGUAGAGUAAAGAUAUAAAUUCAAUAAUACAAAGACCUUGCAAUUCCGUAAGUAAUUAGACUGGCUAUAAUUAGUUUCACUGUUGGACACGCAUGGUGUCCUGACAUUCUGUAUUUUUGAGAUUUGUCACAAACAAAGUGUAAUAAAUAUUAAACUUAUAAAUAAUGAUA